CAAUAAUAACAACAACAGCAAACGAUCAAAAUGUAAACAUACGUCGGUGUGCAGUGCAGCGGUCUAGCCACGGCCAGCUCAUUUCCAGCCCGAACGCAAAGUUAGCUGCGUCGUGACGCCGUUACAUCCGGGAACGUAAAUCGGAACCACAGACGGGCGUCCAAAACAUCCGAUACACAUUUAGGCUGUGAUAUUAUAAGGCCCUGCCGAACCCCGCUUGCGUCUGUGAUACUCCCGGAUACCGCGGAACCGACGCUCGAUCAACCAUGCAGUCAGCGAACGAAACAUACCUUGGGCUGGACCUAAGCACCCAGAAGCUAAAAGCCGUUUUAUUGAACGCAAACUUGGAGAACGUUGCACACGCGGAAGUAAAGUUCGACUCAGACCUGCCAGAAUUUCGCACCACAGGCGGAGUAAACGCGGGAACGGCCAAAAAUGAAUAUUACGUACAGCCGGUCAUGUGGAUAAAGGCGAUCGAUAUGGUGCUGGACCGGAUAGUGGUGCAGGGUGCGGACCUGAGCACCGUCGUCGCACUGAGCGGUUCCGCACAACAGCACGGUUCCCUAUACUGGUCACGGGCCGGCAUCGAAACGCUACGCAAUCUGGACGCGGACAAGUUUCUCCACACGCAGCUGGACGAUUCCGCCUUCACCGUGCACCGGACACCAAUCUGGAUGGAUGGCACUACCGGGCGGCAGUGUGAGGAGAUGGAGGCGGGCGUCGGUGGCCGGGAGCGAAUGGUACAGAUAACGGGCUCGCGCUGUUACGAACGUUUUACCGGACCGCAGAUCAGACGCAUCUUUCAGCAGCGGCCCGACUGUUACCGCAACACGGAGCGCAUCUCGUUGGUGAGCAGCUUUCUGGCGUCCAUCUUUCUCGGCGAUGUGGCACCGAUCGAUUGUUCGGACGGGUCCGGGAUGAAUCUGCUGGACGUGCGUACCCGGGACUGGUCGGACGACUGUCUGGCGGCGUGUGCACCGGGACUGCGAGCGAAACUGGGCGAACCGGUACCGGCCGCUACGGUCAUCGGUGCCGUUGGUUCGUUUUUCGUGCAGCGUUACAACUUCAACACCGGAUGCCGGGUGGUGGCGUUCACCGGUGACAAUCUGUCCGCACUGGCCGGGAUGAAUGUGGGGAAGGAUUGGUUGGCAUUGUCGCUCGGUACAAGCGACACGGUUAUGAUGAAGCUGAAUGCGCCAUCGAAUCUGCAGGAAGGGCACGUGAUGGUACAUCCAACGGACGAUGGCUUUAUGGGAUUGUUGUGCUUCCGGAACGGUUCGCUGGUGCGCGAUAUCUUCAAGCGUGCGGAGGCAAACGAUAAUUGGGAGAACUUUAGCGAACUGCUCGAUUCGACACCACGCGGCAACUUUGGCAACCUGGCGCUACACUUCAUCUCGAAGGAAAUUCUACCACCGGUCAAGGGUUCGCUGCGCUGGAACAAAAACUCCAACCUGACCAGUGUGGAGCUAGCGAAGGGCGUGCUCAAGUACAGCUCGCCGCAAAGCGAGAUCCGUGCGCUGGUCGAGGGGCAAAUGCUAACGCGAAAAACGUACGCCACCGAGAUGGGGUUCAGCUUUGGGGAGAACACCAAGAUACUUGCCACCGGCGGUGCGUCGGCCAAUCGGUCCAUCCUGCAGGUUGCGUCCGACGUGUUUAAUGCGCCCGUUUACACGCAAAAAACGACCGAAGCAGCACUGAUUGGCGCAGCAUUUCGGGCCAAGUACGUGCUGAGCGUAGCGCGCGCAAAGGAAAGCCCGUGCGGCGACGGUAAGGGUGUGGUGAAUGCACCCGGACCGUACUAUGACUUCAUUGCCAAUCUGUUGCCCCACUCGGUAACGCGUGUGUGCGAUCCGAGCAAGGAUAGUGAGGAAAUCUACGGUGCAAUGGUCGAACGAUACCGGGCGAUGGUUAGCUUCAUGAUGGAGCAGCAGGAUUAGAUGUUUGCCGGCGUUGCCGUUAAACGUUCCAGGGAGUAGAGCAGGGCAAAACACUAAUGCUAUCAGCGAGAGGAAACAAUUGUGUAAUAGGGCGAGCAAUUUGCAAUAGGAUUUUGACCAUUUCAGAUCCACGAACCAUUUUUGGGACGCCCACACUAACGUCAAGCUAGGUGUAAAGAAUUUUAAGAGGGUUUUUGUUUGAGGAACAUUAUAGUUUGUUUUUCGUGAUGUACACAAAGCUACAAGCUUCCACUUUAACUUAACGACGCAAGGACUUGCGAAGAAAUAACUAACCACUCCCAGCUAAUGCUACAUUCCGUAACCAGUGAUAGAUAACGCGCGCAUUUGUGCUAUUACACACGGCAGUGUAUUAGAGCAAUACCGAAAGCGUAACGUUAUCACUAAAUUGCCGAAACAAUUUAUUAGUAAUUAGAAGGAGCGAUCGUGUGCGUCAGAAAGAGAGAGAGAGAGAGAGAGAGAGAGAGAAUAAGAGACGAAAAAUCGUAACUAGCUUUUAUAUUUCUUUUGUUUUGUUAUAUUUUACCAAUGCUAAAGGCUUAAUGUUAUUCACGUCCUUUUUCCAAUAAAACGAAACACGCAUUAUUGACCGAAAAACGCAA